CUCUCUCUCUCUCUCUCUCUCUCUCUCUUCCCCUUACCCAACUUCCCAAGAAUAGCUAGCAAGCCAAAGAUUUUGAAUAGGAAUCGCUCAACCAGCAAUGUACACAACUUACGAUUUCCGAGUUUUGUACUAAGACCCUAAAUUUACCGCUUUCUUCUCAUUUAUGAUUCACUAUACAUGAAAACGUGCAUUUUUCAACUGCUGGGUAACUCCUCCUUUCAAGCAUAACAGGAGAGAGAGCCCAUUUUUGACUCAACGAUACAUCUUCACCUAUAUUUUUUUUGAUCCGGCACAACUUUACCUUUUUUUCUCGUUUUAUACAUGCUUCUAUUGUGACCAUAGCAUUUGUGAGUUUCUUGUGGAAGAGUGGCGAAGAUGACCUUAGCUAGACAUGGCCUUUUGGUUAUGGCCAUUUUUUCUUUAUUCGUUUCUUCAACUAUUGCCGACGGAGACAAGUCAGUGGAAGUGAGUUAUGAUGGAAGAUCCUUAAUCAUCGAUGGAAAAAGAGAGCUUCUCUUCUCUGGCUCCAUCCAUUACCCUCGUAGCACCCCAGAAAUGUGGCCGGAACUGAUCUCAAAGGCCAAGCAUGGAGGUUUAAAUGUGAUCCAAACUUACGUUUUUUGGAACAUUCAUGAGCCUGUGCAAGGCAAGUACAAUUUUGAAGGGCGAUUUGACUUGGUGAAAUUCAUCAAGAUGAUUGGCAAGCACGGUAUGUAUGCAACUCUCAGGCUCGGACCAUUCAUCCAGGCUGAAUGGAACCACGGUGGACUUCCAUAUUGGUUAAGAGAGGUUCCAGACAUCAUUUUCCGUUCUUAUAAUGAACCGUUCAUGAAUCACAUGGAGAAAUUCAUCAAGUUGGUUAUCGAUAAGAUGAAAGAAGAGAAGUUAUUUGCACCGCAAGGAGGCCCUAUCGUCUUGGCUCAGAUCGAAAAUGAGUACAACACUGUCCAACUUGCAUAUAGAGAAUUGGGAGAUAAAUAUGUUCAGUGGGCAGGAAAUUUUGCUCUAGGUCUUCAAGUAGGAGUUCCGUGGGUCAUGUGCAAACAAAAGGACGCUCCUGGUGAAGUGAUCAACACGUGCAAUGGAAGGCACUGCGGAGAUACAUUUACGGGCCCCAACAAUCCCAACAAGCCUUCUCUGUGGACCGAGAACUGGACUGCUCAGUUUAGAGUAUUUGGAGACCCACCUUCUCAAAGAGCAGCAGAAGAUAUUGCAUUUUCAGUAGCACGAUGGUUCUCCAAGAAUGGGUCUCUAGUGAACUACUAUAUGUACCAUGGUGGGACGAACUUAGAUAGAACUGCUGCCUCAUUUGUGACAACUCGCUACUAUGAUGAAGCACCUCUCGAUGAAUAUGGUUUACUGAGGCAACCAAAAUAUGGUCACCUCAAGGACUUGCACAGGGCUCUAAGACUAACCAAGAAGGCUUUGCUUUGGGGCACACCUGGUGUCGAAAGAUUGAGUGAUGAUCUUGAGGCUCGGUUUUAUGAGCAACCCGAAACGAAACUCUGUGCUGCUUUCUUGACAAACAACGACACAAGAAAAGGACAGACUGUUAAGUUCAGGGGUCGAGAAUUCUACCUGCCUCCGCGUUCCAUUAGCGUCCUUCCUGAUUGCAAGACCGUGGUUUAUAACACUAUGACGGUUGUGUCACAACACAAUGCAAGGAAUUUUGUAAGAUCCAACACAGCAAACAAGAAAUUGAAAUGGCAUAUGAUAUCAGAAGCCAUUCCAACCCAACUUAAAGUAACAUCCAAGAUCCCAAUGGAGCUCUAUGGCUUGACCAAAGACGUCACUGACUAUGCUUGGUACACCACAGUCCUAGUACUGAAUCCGCGGGACUUGUCUGUGCGAAAAGAUAUUCUCCCAGUUUUAAGGGUUGCAAGUCUUGGCCAUGCAAUGGUUGCUUUUGUGAAUGGUCAAUUUGUAGGAUCGGCUCAUGGAAGCCAAAUUGAGAAGAGUUUUGUCCUACAGAAACCUGUGGAAUUGAAGCCUGGUGUUAAUACCAUUACACUCUUGGGCUCUCUAGUUGGACUACCUGAUAGCGGAGCCUAUAUGGAGCAUAGGUUUGCUGGGCCUCGAGGUGUAACAAUCUUGGGUUUGAACACUGGAACACUGGAUUUGGAUGCAAAUGGUUGGGGUCAUGAGGUUGGCUUGACUGGAGAGAAGGGUCAAUGGUACACUGAAGAAGGAUCAAAGAAGGUAACCUGGAAAGAAGUUCCACAAGGAGAAGGUCCUCCAGUCUCAUGGUACAAGGCUUCUUUUGAUGCCCCUGAAGGAAACGAGCCAGUUGCUGUCCGUAUGACUGGUAUGAAAAAGGGCAUGAUUUGGAUUAAUGGUCAGAGCAUUGGCCGUUACUGGAUGUCUUACGUCUCCCCUCUUGGUCAGCCAACACAAUCUGAGUACCACAUCCCGAGAUCUUAUAUGAAGCCAAAGGAUAACCUCAUAGUAGUACUGGAGGAGGAGCAGGCCAACCCUGAAAAGAUAGAGAUUCUACUUGUGAAUAGAGAUACAAUCUGUAGUUUCAUAACAGAGUAUCAUCCACCCAAUGUAAAAUCAUGGGAGAGGAAAGAUGACAAGUUUAAAACUGUAGUUGAUGAUGUGCGACCAUCAGCUCACCUCAAGUGUCCAAACCACAAGAAGAUUAUCGCAGUGGAGUUUUCAAGCUUCGGUGAUCCUUACGGCGCUUGUGGAGGGUUUAGUCUUGGAAAUUGCACAUCUCCUCUUUCCAAGCAGGUUGUCGAACAGCAUUGCUCUGGAAAAACUUCUUGUAGCAUUCCUAUUGAGAGAGAGCUCUUCGACAAGAAUAAUGAUGCUUGCCCAGAUAUUCAAAAGACACUCGCCAUCCAGGUGAAGUGCGGCUAGAUGAAUUAGAGAACAUCAGAUGUGUUAUAUAUUGUAAUCAUGAGUCUGAAUGAGGUAAAUGGAGCAUUAUGCUGGUUAAGGACCAAGCAAAAUACAGAAUUUUUGUCUCUACAAGACAUUCAAACUCAUGAUUUGUAUUCACCUUUUCUUUAUUCAAAUCUCUUAUUAAAAUUGAGAACGGAUUGUUUUGUCUCAGGUAGUUGUAGUUUCUUCAUAUAACUUUUUUUUACCGGCUAUGAAUCCUUUCGUUUCUUUUUC